AUGGCGGACACCGAACUUUCCACCGCCUGUGUGGAUCGUCUUGAGGCCGCCAUGGCCAAACUCGCUGCAAUUCAAACUUCCACUGCUGCAGGCCAAACUUCCAUUACUUCCAAACUUGAUGCCAUUAUUCGGAUAUUGAAUACCAUGGUACCUAAACAACCCUCUCUAUCUUCUGUCUCUGCGAAGUCACCACCCAUGCCGCCUCUGCUUUCCAAGACAACCAACCCAACUUCUUCCUCUGCUAAGCCACCACCAACAACAGAAACCACGUCGCCUCCACCAACAGCAGAAACCACAUUGCCCCCCCCUUCCCAUGGCAACUUCCCACCUUCCCGUUAA